AGGAGAUGGCGGACCCGUUGAGUAAGGAGGAAGACAUUCAACAUCGUCCCGAUUCUCCUCCCUUGGGUCUUUUGGAUCCAUCACGAAUCCAAAAUCCUCUUGCCAACGAUCAACUUCAUCAAGUGCCACAACAACAAAAUCCGUCGGGAUUUGUAAUGCCCGAACAACCAAGACAACAGCCACCGCCACAAACAUGGCAGCGAACACCCACGAUGAGCCCAGCCAAUAUAUUCCAAGGAGGAUCAGGCACACCUGGAAGUCAGCGGAGUUCCACUGGAACACCGAACCAUCAAAUGGGCAAUCCCCCACAACAUCAACAACAACAAUUCUUUCAUGGAGAAAGUCCCGCACAUUCGCAAGGAACUCCGAUGACACCGCAAAGUGCUGGUAUGCCUGGCUCAAAUUGUGGGACCCCUCAGAGCGCCGGUGGUCCACCGACUUCCGUUCCGUACGAUUAUCAGCAAGCACAGAUGCAACAGCAACAACAUGCUCAGGCAAUGGCAGCGGCAGCAGCGGCUCAACAACAACAGCAACAACAUCUUCAGCAACAACAAUAUGCCCAGAAUCCGCAGCAAAUGCACGAUUCACCGUAUCGGCAACAUCAGAUGAUGCAAAUGCAUCAACAUCCCGGACAUCCAUCGCAAUAUCCUCCGGGAUAUCCGCAACAGCAGGCGGCUCAGUGGCAGCAGCAAAUGUAUGCAAGGCAAGCUGCAGCACAAGCUCAGGCUCAAGCCCAAGCUCAGGCGCAAGCUCAAGCCCAACAAAGAGCGGCAGCACAGAGAGUUCCAGUACCGUAUCCGCCAGGAGCCUAUCCACCUGGAAUGCCUGGACCAAUGACGCCUGGAUAUCCUGCACAAGCGCCCGCUGCUCCUCGAACGACCCCGGGCUCUGCCGGACCUGGAACAGGACCUCCAGGGACUCCACAACGUCCACAGUACCCUCAAGGAACAAAUCCACAGCCACAACAAGCGCAGUUCACCUAUCCACCUACACAACAGAUGACACCUACUGGGCAGCCUCCCGGGUAUCCCGGCAUGCCUGGAACCCCUACAUUCUCGUCUCCAGCUCAUCAAAUGUUUCGACAGGGUCAGCCAACUGCUCCACCAGGAAUGCGACAGUACAUUUCGCCUCAGGCAGGACAACAGCAACCGACCCCUGGAACUCCACAUCGUUUUGCUCCGCCGGGCCCAUCUGGUACUACAUCGUCGCCGCAUUUUGCUCCAGGAGCACCUGGUGCUGAUUUGAGAUCACCGUCAUUGAUGUCCCCAAAUCAGCAAUCUCAACAGCAUACUCCCGUUUUACCGAGAAGCUUGCAUAACGAAAUGACAUCUCAUGGAAUGCGUCCGAUUGCUCUUCCAUCCCAACCACUUCCACAAACCCAAGGAACACCUCAACCGAUUCUUUCUGCAUCAUCACUUCCGCCUCAAUCAGCUGGAGCCACACAGUUUGUGUAUCGUCCACAACAGCCGAAUCAAAUGAAUACAAUGAACCAAAUGAAUCAAAUGCAUCACGAUGUGAACCCAUUCCCGAUACAAAUGAAUGUUGAUCCAGAACUUUAUUUAACUGGUAUUCACUUUCAUUGCUUCGAUUCGGAAAAGUUGUUUGAGGACAAACUCGAUCGUAAGAAUUUGGAAUUUAUGAUUAAAUAUCACGGAGGGGACAUUGAAUUUGAGGCUUCAAAAUUCCAUGAAAGAAUCCAUCAAAUCACGCAUGUCUUAGUUGAUUCCUGUCGUAAUACAAAUGUUAUGACAUCAUUGGAACAUCGAAAGCGAAUUGUCUCCAUCCAAUGGAUUAUUGAUGUAAUGGAACGAGAAAGAGUUGAAUUACCUUGGAGAAUUGCUCAUUUACCACCACCGUUCAAUGAAAAUUUCAGACCAUAUCUCGGAAAGCUUUUUUCAUUGUCCGGCUUUGACAGUUCCGAACGUGCCGCAAUUUCUUUUAUGGCUGAAAUGAUGGGCGCAAAGAUUACACCAUUCUUAGCCAGGCAAAAUGAUUUAUUAAUUGCCAAACAGCCAGCUGACAAAGUUACAAGAGCUCAAGAAUGGAAAGUUCCUGUUGUAAAUUUUCAAUGGAUUGCUGAUGCUUAUGUGUGCGACGAGGCGUCACCACAGAAAAGGCCAAAUGUGGAGAAUCCGAGAUACCAAUUAGAAAAUCCAGUGAUGACAAACGUUAAUACUUCUCCAAAUCACAUUGAAGGCGCAAGUCAGGAGUUUGGUGCUAUGAUGUCUUGCUGGAAAUCACAGACUAUAAUUGCGGACCAAGCUUACGAGAAAGCCCGACAAAAUCGUAAAACGCUUCAAAACAACACAUUCUUCUUCCCAUCAAAGCGACUAUCAGAUCAAGCAGUUGCACCAACCGAAGACGAAAUUAAAAGCUCCCGAGCUCGCCUAGAUGAAAUCAAAACUCACUGGGAAGAGCAUCAAGAGAAAAUGAAGGAUACACCGUUAAGCAAAGAAUUCUACCGAGUACGUGAACCACAAGCUCGAGUUUCAGCAUGGUUUGGAGAAGGAAUUGAUGAUGAGGCGUUGACGAUUUUGAAGAAAAAACUCGAAUUUCUUGGAGGAGAAUGUGUUGAGAAAAUUCGUGAUGCGACUCAUGUUAUUUUGAUUUCUGGACGGAGAAGUCUGGUUCUUCUUGAAUCCAUAAUUCGAGGGAAAAAUAUAAUGGAUCCAGAAUGGAUUGUUGAUAGUUAUAAACAAAAAAUGUGGCUGGAUACAUUGGAUUAUUUCUUACACGAUAAAGAACUCGAAAAAGAAUUUGCAUACAAUUGCAAGAGAAGUGUGCUCAGAGCAAGGAAUAAACCAGUUUUUGAAGAUAUCGAAUUUCAUGUGACGCGAUUUGUGGAACCGAACCAGAAUGAUUUAGUUCGAUUAAUCGAAUUGGGAGGUGGAAAUGUGCAUUCAGAGAAACCUGAUCCAAAAUAUCUAGCGAAAUGCGUCGAAACGGAACAGCCAUUUAUUAUAAUAUCAUGCGAAAACGACGCUCGCUUCUUGAGCUACUUGGCAGGUUCUAAAUUACCCAUUUACAAUGUGGACCUCGUAUUGUUUGCAAUGCUUCGGCAACAAAUCGAACCUCUUCCACAAUAUCGAAUCCCUAUUCCAAUUGUCGUGAAGACACCCGUAUUCCGACAACCGCCACCGUACACAGCACCCCCUAAAGAUCAAGAACCCGCAGCAUCACUUGCUUCAGAGCCUACAAGAGCAGCAGAUGUACUUUCAGAAAAUAGCUAGCAUUUUAUUAAUGGUACAUUGAUACUUGUAUAUUAAGUAUUUAAUUCAAAUUUAUUUGCACCUCCUCAUCACUCAACGAAUCUCAUUAUUUCCCAUGUUCCAUAGUUGAUUUUUACAACAUUUCUCAAAAUUUUAUGAAUAAAUAUUUAUAUUUAAAAAAA